AUGGCAGCAAACGACUGGAGCUCCAAACAGUACCUCAAGUUCGAGGCAGAGCGCACAAGACCAUCCCGCGAUCUUCUUGCUCAAGUACCCUUGACAUCGCCCAAGAACGUCGUAGAUCUGGGCUGUGGACCAGGCAAUUCCACGGCCGUUCUCCUAUCUCAGUUUCCCAACGCUCGCGUGUCGGGAAUGGACUCGUCCCCAGAUAUGAUUCGCAAGGCGCGUGAAACAUUACCUGAUAUUGAUUUCUCCGUGGAUGAUCUCGGAACCUACACGUCCCAGCAGCCCGUGGACCUGUUCUUCUCAAACGCUGUCUUCCAAUGGGUCCCGCGCGAUCAACGGCUUCAAAUCAUCAAGCGAUUGAUCGAGUCCCAGCCUCCAGGGGGUGUGUUCGCGUUCCAAGUCCCUGAUAACCUGGCGGAGCCAUCUCACGUUGCCAUCCGAGAGACCGCUGCAGAUGGCCCUUGGGCAAGUAAACUGGAUUCCGCUGGGCGGGACACCAUCCAGUCGCCGCAAGAAAUCUACGACGCACUAAAGCCGAUAUGUGCUGAUGUGAAUAUCUGGCAUACGCAUUACAACCAUUCGCUGGAGAACCACCAGGCCGUCGUAGAAUGGGUCAAGGGGACAGGCCUUCGCCCGUAUGUUGACCCUUUGUCACCCGAGGAGAGAGAGGGCUUCCUGAAAGCAUACCUGGGCCGCCUUGAGAAACUGUACCCCAAGUGCUUUGAUGGAAGGGUGCUGUUACCCUAUCCCAGGCUGUUUGUGGUGGCCACCAAGCAUUAG